AUGCGAUCAUCUUCUUCUAGGUUUCAUUUAUCGGGUGGCAAGUUGGUACUGUGCGACUUACAGGGAGGCCGAGACAAUCGGGGGAAUUAUGUGCUAUCCGAUGUGGUUAUCUGUUCAGAAGCGCGCGAGUACGGUGCAACUGAUCUGGGGGCAGAUGGAGUUAGCAACUUCAUGCACUGGCAUCAAUGCAACGAGUACUGUCGCUGGGAUUGGCUAAAGUGCAAGAGUGCACAGAUGCACUUCAAUGCCACUUUAUGCCCCUAGCCAGAUACUUACUUAUAUAUAAUUAAUAGAGAGGCACUAUCGAGCCUCUGCCUCUAGGAGUACGAGUUCGAGUAUUCAUGUAUUCAUUCUAUACGGUAUUACGACAACUACGCGACCACGUCCACGACGGACGUGGUAGUGCGAACUUCCAAUACUAGUCAGCCGCGUGGUUCGUUUUACCCCUGCGCUUGAAAUAGCCUUGCUUAAAUUUCAUGCAUUCUGGAUUUUUUGACAAGGGUUUAGGGUUCUUUAGUAAUAUCAGAAGACCUCUCUUGAGACCUCUCUUCAGACCUCCACCAAGAACUUCUCCAGACCUUUCUUCAACAUACUUAGUCAUGUGAAAAAAGACAAAACUGCCCACUUCAUAUUUGAUGACGACGACGAUGGAUGGCAUUUUUGGUGAUUAUGCAGCUGCUUGUAACGCGGUCGGCCCGACUCUUACGGAUAAUUAUACCGCAGGGCCAGGGGAGCCACAAGGUGCAGCUGCUGGCGCUUCAUCUGCUGCUACGCAUACCGCAGUGGAGCCGCAAGAAGGUUCAGCUCCUGCUGCGCCUGCCGCGCCAAAGCUCAAGUUCUGCACAAAUUGCGACCGGUAUCACCGCGUGGGCACAAUUUGCACACGUACUAACGCUUCAUCGAGUUGGGUUUUCUGUCAGCACGGAUGCGGGGUGCGUCAUAAACCAGACACACAGUGUCCGAAAACGAGAAAAAAGAUUAGCGACGACUGGGUAUAAUUGCGAACGGUGUUACUAUUAACGGAGCGGAGUAAAUACAUAGCUGCAGUGUUGUGAUUAAGUCGCUUCCUUUGAAGUUAUUGAUGUCUCUUCGGAGAAGUUCAUGUUCAUCAUCUUCAAGAUCAGGACGACCCUCUUCCUCCCCUACUGUUCCACAUCAGAUACACUGCCAGGAUUGUUAUUGUCGACAUCGUCCCGAGACUGUCUGUCCGAAAAAGCGGAAAAAAAUUUCAGAAGACUGGGUAUAUUCGUCUCUGCUAUUGCUUUACCAUUUUCUUAGUUUUUAUCCUCACGUCAGGGUCAGAUUAGCACUACAUAUUUUUAGGAAUAGUUAAUAUUUUUGAUCUUGUUCUUUUUCCAGGUAAACAAUAGCUCUACUACUUAUAUAUUUUUUAUACAUGUUUGUAGUUGUACAAAUUGUUGUAGAUGAUAAAACAAGAUAAUAUCGGUAAUUAAAUCAGCCAACAUCGACAUCAUGAUCUUUAGGUGGUAUGCCAGUUUGGAUGUGGCGUCUGGAAGCACAGACCCGGAACGAUAUGCAGAAAGGCUCCCAAGCGACAGAAGAUGGACCAGGCGGGAUCGGUCGAAUGAGUCGACCGCAAAAGAAGUGGCAGACAGCGAGAAGAUGGUCGAGACAUGCUUCCUCUGAUGCCCUUCAUAGACUCUUGAUAAAGAUGAACGUUGUACUAGAAACUCGUGGUUUUAUCCUGCUGAUCGGGCCACAGAUUUUUACGUGGUGCAGCUUCACUCACCAGUGUCUAGACUUCUUCAUUACGUCAAUGAUUGAAGCUAACUACUUUAUUGAGCAAGAGUACUAGUUCGGAGCUAGAUCUAGAUGAAGUUGGAGGUAAAAGUAAGUACUAGGAGUAGCACCGUACUUAAUUAUAAACAAAGAUGUUGAAAAAUACUUUGCCCGAUAAAAUAAUUCGUAUCCCCUCCGCAGUGAUCUUCUUAUGAUUUUUUGUCAAGUAGAAAGUGCGUCUUCGUGUGAACUAUCAUGUCAGAUUAUGAAACAAAGAGACGUGUAUCACGCUCUACCAUCCCCUUCUUCUUUCAAGAUCAAGAUUAGACUCCCUGGGUUCCGUUUAUUCUUCAAAACUACUCUUAAUAUAUGAAGAACAUGUUGAUGUUGUAGGUGGUUCAUCCACCAUCAAUUCUUUCUACAACUCCAUAACUAGAGACUAGACGACAGCCCCGAAGAACUCGAGCUAGAGCUUAGAGAAAACUACUAUGCAGUGUGCUAGAAUAGCAUAGCACAACUAGAAUUAAAGCGAAAUAGAUUCUCUUUUCCGGUGAUCAUGAGCUAAGCGUCCUUGUGCGUUUCGUAUCCCCGGAGCUAAGCGUCCCCUCUAUAGAUAUAGAAUACUGUACUUGUAACUUCUGCUGUUUCUUUCCCCUUGAUGUAGCAAGGCUCUUGCUCGCACUGUGCGAGAACUGUCUAAGGCGCCACGACGGAUGAUGCACGUGUCGUGCUGCAGCAUCCGUCUACAGCACUUGAUCGAGCACGAGGACUUGAUGAAAACAAAGAUUCUAACGAAGGAGUCAUCGUCUUGUACCAGGAUCGUCCUCGUCGUGGAUAAGGAGUCCACCGGUACUUGUACCACAUGCUAAGCUGAUUAAAUCAAAGAUCGAAGUUGAUUUAUUUAAUGCCUUGUUCCCCCAAGACCCCACAGAUAUAAUUACGUUGCCUAGCCUUAAUAUAACCUUAUCUACUUACGUACUUUACGCCCGUCGAUACUCUGUAAGAACAGAUGAAGAUAGCCAACAUCAAAAAAAGGAUCUAUGCCAUCCAUGGUCGUUACGAUUUCGUGAUUGUCGUAAGCAAAAGUCUAAC